AGCACGCAUGCUAACGCUUCCACCGGUGCGGCACUAUACAUCUUCUUGAAGCCUCACGCUCACAGGGCCGCAGGCGGAGCAGAGGGGCAUGGCUUCAGCUGAAGCAGGGGAAUCCAGCAUGGCUGCGUUUGUGGCGGAAAGGAACGAAUCUGUCUCCUCGUGGGGCAUUUCUAACUACCCUGAUUCCGCUGUUUUUGGCAUCGAUUCGGAGAGGCUGAGCGUCCUACGAGAGGUUGUCGAGGACGACCCCAGCGGCGGAUUCGCUGAUUUGUUGGAUUCUGUCGACGUUAGGACAGAAACAAACACCACGGAUCUAGAGGAGAAUAGGGCUUCGAGGAUGGAUAAUAGAUACGCGUCCCUUGAUGACAAAGUCGGGUGGGUUACAAGGAACAGGAGGGUUGCAGUGCCAGACGAGAGAGCAACAAGUGCUGACAGGGUGACAGCCCUGGAAACAGCACUGACAGGAUUUGCUGAAAGGAAAACAGACACCGUAGUGACGCCAUCAGUUGGACUGACGUUCGAUUCUAUAAACGAGGCCUACGAUUUUUACAAUCUUUAUUCCUGGGAGACAGGGUUUGGCAUAAGAUACGCAAAGAGCAGAACCAAUGUAAAAGGCACGAGAUGCAUGCAGGAGUUCGUGUGUUGCUGCUCGGGCAAGCCAAAAGAGGCGAACUCAACAUCAUCACGUUGUCAAUGCCAAGCUAUGAUAAGACUUUUGCGGACAGAGGACAAUGGAUGGUACAUCAACGAAUUCAGGUCAAACCACAAUCACCAGAUGUUAAAUACAUGUGCUGAGAAGCUGCAUUUCCCUUUGCAUAGGCAUAUCGACAAAUAUACAAGAGAGCUAGUAUCUCAGCUUAGAGAGAACAAUGUGAACCUGAGCAAAGUUUACAACAUUCUUGCAACUUUUUUUGGGAGGGUUGAAAAUGUGCCAUUCACCAAAAGGUGCCUGAGGACACUGUGUGGCAAGCUGAGCAGGGAGCAGGCCGACGACGAUGUACGGAAGACGAUGGCAAUUUUUUCAGAGAUGAAAGUACAAGACAGCGAUUUCACCUACAAUGUUCAGGUGGAUGAAGAAAGUAGAAUACGCACUCUCAUGUGGACGAAUGGGCGUAGCAAAAAGCAGUACCACCAUUUUGGCGAUGUGGUGACGUUCGACACCACAUACAAGACUAAUCUGUACGAUAUGCCAUUCGGUAUUUUUGUUGGCGUGAAUAACCACUUUCAAAGCGUGUUGUAUGCUGGUGUGCUCAUGCGAGACGAGACGGUCGACACUUUCAAAUGGAUUUUUGAUGAGUUUGUUAAGAUGAUGGGAGGAAAAAGACCAAUUACCAUUUUGACAGACCAAGCCAGGGCAAUGGAGGUCGCUAUUGCGGACGUAUAUCCAGAUGCGACACACAGAUGGUGCAAGUGGCACAUCCUCAAGAAGGCCAAAGAGAGCCUGGGGUCUAAUUACACCAAGAAGUCUGAUUUCAGGGCAGAAUUUCACAAGCUGGUUCACGAAAUGCUCACUAUCGAGGAGUUUGAGGACGGGUGGGCAGCGUUGCUUGAGAAGUAUUCACUGAAGAAUAACACAUACCUGAUGCAAAUUUACAAGACAAGACAGAAAUGGGCCAAGCCAUACUUUGCAGGGAAAUUCUGUGCGAGGCAAACCAGCACCGGGAGGAGUGAGAGCGCAAAUCACAUGUUGAAAUAGUAUGUUCCACCUUCUUGCUCAAUGAAUCUGUUUGUAAAACAGUACAACAAGCUGCAGUUUGACCGUGAGCAAGAAGAGGGGUACCAGGAAAAACGAACUAGGCUGAGUGGAGCUGUCUUGAAGGCCAACACCCCACUUGAAGUGCAUGCUAGCAAAAUGUACACAAGAAAGAUGUUUGAGAUUUUCGGGGGAAUAUUGUACGAAUCCGGAAGCUAUGAUGUAGAAGAGAUCAUACCAAAAAAGAAAUACGUAGUAACACAUGUGAAAGCUGAAAAGCGAGAAAAAUGGUUCAAAUGCCGCUACGAGGUCAAUGUCUCUGACAAUCUGGGAUAUUUCUCCUGCAUAUGCGGACUUUUCGAGCACAUGGGGAUGGUUUGCUGUCACUCGCUGCAGGUCAUGAAUGUCCUCCGGCUUAAGGAGAUUCCCUCCAGGCACAUCCUGAAGAGAUGGAGCAUACACGGGAGAGACAAUCUGCCAGAUCAUCUUAAGCAUUAUCAACAAGACAUGGGGCCGCCAGACGCGCCAACUUAUAGACAUUCUGCUCUGUACAUCACUGCCCUGGAAGUGGUUAAAAUGGGUGACAGAAAUCUAGAAUCAUACAAAUUCAUGUUGGAUGGCUUGGUGGAUCUGCGGGAGAGAGGAGCAGAAAUUAGCACACCAAAUGAUGGACUAGGCAUUGCCGAGCAGCAGGUUUCGAAGACUGGAGUUGAUGGUGGUUCGAACAAGAAAACAAAAUCUUGUAAGGCGGCGUGCUCUGUUAGGAGUGUUGAAGGGAAUCACAUGACCAUCGGAGGAGCGACAUCGGUGUCAGUUCAUCCACCGCCAAGCCAGUGCCAGGAGUGUACAGCAUCCCAAGGACUGGCAUCAGAAGGAUCUUGUGCAAAUGCAGGUAGCUACAAUUCGGACUUCUCUGAAACUGCAUCGAGGCUUGCUGUCAGUUAGGACGAAAAUCUGCUUGCGUCGGAGAGGGACAAGAAAUGUGGCAGGCCAACAACAAGCAGGGACAAGGCUCCAUAUGAGAAGGGGAGCAACAAAAGAUCAAGGUUCUGCUCGAUUUGCAGGGGCAAAGGGCACAAGUCGAGCACCUGCCCCGAUCGUGGUGACGCCCCUAAGAAGGAAAGGAAAGUUGGCACAUGCAGCAAGUGUGGGUUGCCUGGGCAUAGGAAAACUACGUGCAGCAAGCCAUUGGUGUCGUCGAUGCCUGGCGUUCCUCCGUCUCAUUAGAUUGCACGAACGUUUGUCUGAAUUUCCGCCCUGUAUUUGGCUGUUGUCUUAAUAACUGUUUUCGUACCGGGUCGUCCUAAAAAUGUAUCUCAGUAACUUGACUUGCAUAAUUUUUUUCCGAACGCACUUGAUGGAACUUGCUUUAGCUA